ACUAUCUGUACAGUCAUUCUUGACGGUCAAGAGGAGUCAGUCGUCGAUUGUCGGUCGUCGUUCGUUAUUCAAACCGAUACGUAUAUGUGUGUGUAUAUCGCGCUUAUGUGUCGGUACUCGCAGUUUUGAAAGCAGUGUUUUUGCAAUAACCAACCUUAUAACCUAAGUGCCACGGUUGUUUACGUGAUGACUAAGAUAUCACCAGCAUUAUUGAAACAGUUAUGGCUGACAUUUGGCGCAUCGUUGUCGUUCCUAAUCAUCGGCCUGGUGAGGGGCUACUCCGCCUCCGCAAUACCGUCCAUUGAAGCCAACGAUCCAGAAAUAAUACAGAGCAGUGAACAGAAAUCAUGGAUGGGUGCCAUACCUCCACUGGGUGCGUUCCUAGGCAGCAUGAUAUCAGGAACUCUGAUGCAGCACUUUGGUCGCAAGCGCACAUUACAACUGACGUCACCAAUCUGGGUAGCCGCCUGGCUAAUCCUGGGUUUCGCCAAGUACUACCCAUUGCUACUAGUGGGUAGAAUUAUCACAGGAAUUGGCGUUGGCUUCGUGCUGGCUACUGCACAAGUUUACGUAAGUGAGUGCUGCGAUCCUGAGAUCCGUGGCCGACUAGGAUCUCUGCCUACCCUCUCUAUGUCCCUGGGGAUCCUGAUCUCAUACGUCGCUGGCAACUGGCUUUACUGGAGAUACCUCGCGUUCCUCUCAGCUGUAUUUUGCGUGGCACUGUUCGUGGUACUAUUGCCUCUCCCGGAGUCUCCGGUAUGGCUACAGUCAAAGGGCUUAGAUGCAUCAGAUUCAAUAAAGUGGUUGCACUUAUCUGCACGCGCAACUGCUACUGUUAAGGAGGAUAAUCAAGAAAAAACCGAGGAUCCAGCUGGUCCUCCGAGCCUGUUCAGCCGCAAGGUGUUCUUCUCAGCCGUGGUGAUGAAGCCCAUGGUCAUUGGGUUUGCCCUACUCUUGUUCCAGCAGUUCAGUGGAAUUGAUGCCGUUAUAUUCUUCACUGUCGAGAUCUUUAGGAAUGCAGGCAGCACAUUAGACGCGAUGACAGCCACGAUCAUUGUUGGACUGGUGCAACUCCUCAGUAACGGAGUCAGUACAAUGCUGGUGGACCGUGCAGGCCGUAGACCAUUGCUGCUGAUCUCUGCAGCCGUCAUGUGCGCUUCCAUGGCAUCCAUGGGAGCUGCUUUCUAUUUCCAAUUGAAGGAGGCUGCGUGGCUCGGGUAUCUCCCCAUAGUGAGCCUGGUGGUGUUCAUGUUGGGUUUCUCCCUCGGGUUCGGUGGCCUCCCGUUCCUGCUGCUGGGCGAGCUGUUCCCGGCCCAGUACCGCUCCCAGCUGUCAGCGAUGGCCAGCGCAGUGAAUCUGCUAUCAAUGUUCUCAGUCAUCAAGUCAUACCAUGCACUUGAUGCGGUACUUACAUCAGCUGGUACAUUCUGGUUGUACUCUUGUUUCUGCGCAGUCGCCUUCUUCUUUGUACUCUUCAUGGUCCCAGAGACCAAAGGAAAAUCCCUCGCGGAAAUCGAACAACAUUUCCGAGGCACCAAACCAGGGAAAACGGACAACGUGAAUAUGCAAACAGUAUUUUAGUUUUUAAGUAAAUAAUAAUAAGAAUUAGUUUUGGAAUGAACAACCUCGCGGAUUUAUUCGUUUUAGUUCUGAAAUUGUUAUGUUCAGAGACCUAUCCAUCAAACUAGCCCAUACUGGUUAUCAAUUGAUUUGUUACUUUAUUGCAAAAGUACAAAGUUGAUAAUCAGUAUUUUUUAUAGUAAGAUUAACAUAUAGGGUAGAAAAAAUAUGCAAGUACAGUCAGUCAACUAAUUUGAUACCAUACGCUGGCGCUGGUUGUAUUUGUGUUUGUCUAACUAAAUGUGUAUGGGUAUAGACUACUGCAUUUAAUUACAUUUAAUUGUAACAGAACAACGAGCUACUCUAUGAUAUGUUCUAGUGUAUCAUCCUUUCCCAAACUAAAAUACUUUGGAAACUGAGUUUUUGCCCAUAUUGUACCAUUCGUAAGAACGUUACAUUACACAGAAAUGCUCCAUAAAAUGUUGUAGUCUAUACUCACCUUACGUAUCACAUCACCAAUUAUUAUUGUUAAGUAACGAUAUCUUUGAAUUGGUUUCUUAAAAUAAUUGUAUAAAAAUAAUUUAAGUAGCUACAGAACUCAACAUUUCUGACAUUUACAACAGUCGAAAGUUCUUGACUAAAUGGAAUAAAUUUGGUUAAGAUGUAAAAUACUUUAGGUAGUGCCACUUGUGAAUAAAUAAGUUCUACUAUUUUAGGUUUAAAAUCUUUUGUAAGUGGUCGAGUUUUAUAAUUUGAACUACUCUGAUUAUGAUUAUUGCUUUCUAUAUUUCGGGGAUCCAGACUAAAAAAAAGAGUUUCUUCUUCAAGAUGAAUAUGUAUAAGUACAAACUACUUUUAAUCUAGUUAAAAUCACAAACAAAUCCACCGUUUGAUAUAAAGAGAAAUAAAUGAAAUAGUAAAAAAAGGAUUUUCCCAACGCCUUUGAUAAAUAUAAUUGUGGUAAUUAGCUUUUGCGUGUAUUGCUAUUUAUUAUAUUCAAUUUUACAAUCGAUGUUAUUGAGCAUACAAUUGUUUAUAUCCUAGAGAAUUUAAUGAUCAAAUAAAUUUAAAAAAAUAUAUUUUUAUAAUAACUAUCGUGAGACAUUUUUUUGUAUUAACUAAAAAUCAAGGUUUACUGACCACGCCGCGUCUGCACACGCUGCCCAUGGUGAAGAGUCCCUCUGUGAAUCGAAACUAAUAGAGCUUUUCUUCAUUAAUUUACGUAAGUAAACAUAGAUUUUUAGUUAAUACAAAAAAAUAUUUGUAUUUUUUAUCAACAUCUAUGAUUUAUUUUUCAUUAUAUAUAUUUUAAUUAUUCAAAGCAUAAUCGUUUUGAACAUGUUAUUUACUUAUUAUGUUUGUUUGUAUUGAAAAAUGUAUAAAAUAGAAUACUUAAAAUAGUUUAUUUAACUGAGUUGAAAUUUUAAAUCGUGGCCAUAUACAAAUAAGCCAGAUAAAAUGUUGAACAUUUACGUUAUUAAUUCAACAUUUACUUACAUGUACGCUUCCAAUACCUAUGGUAUUUUUAAUGAUGAAUAACAGUUUAAAUACCUGCUUUAUAAUAUAUUUUAAAUCAGUAUUUAAUAUUUCAGAAAUUCCAGCAAUUUAACGUGCAUUCCAGCAAUUAUAUACAGUCUGCACAGUUAUUUCGUAUGCAAGAUCCACUUACUAUGGACACUAUAGUAUAGAGACAGUAACUAUUGUUUGACUACUGAGCCGUACUGAGGUUACAAAAGAUAUAUUAUGGUGAUAAUAUUGAUCAAUUUUAUUUUUUUCCUGCAUAUGAAAUAACUGUGUAGACUGCACAUAAAUACCUACUACUUAGGUACUAGGAAUGAUGACGGGGUAUGAAAAUAUAAAAUCUAGUUCGUCCGUCAGUUAGAUAAUGAAAUAUAAUACGUAUUAAAGUUUUAAAUAAUAUACGAGUACAAGACGGACAUUAAAAUAGAAGUUACUCAUCUACCCAUUAUAUGACGAUAAUAGUACCUACCUAUUAUAUGUAUUAAUAAUAAUAGAUAAAAAAUCGCAUAAUUAGUAAAAAUAUAAAACGUAGAUAAUUAUGUAGUUUAAGUGUAGUUAGUGCCUUUUUAACUGUGAUAGAUGAGGUAUCCUAAUAAUUAAAAAAACUUAGUGAUAUUAAUUAUAGAGAAAAAGUAUCAUAAUUGUUUACAUUUUGUUAAAACAUCUAAUAUAAAUAUGUAUACAUUUAUUGUUGUCUUUCUUUUUGUUGAAAUGUAACUUACAUAUUUAUUGUUGUACCGUACUAGAAGGGUUUGUUUAUGUAAAACAGUUAUUUAUUUUACCCUUCAAAUGUGAUGUUAGUACUAAUUAUUUUUUUUUCCAAGUACUAAGAGUCGGUGUUAACACAAUUUCUUAGUAAAACCAGUGGUUUUAAAGCGUUCAUAUUAUUUUCUGAUAAUUAAUAAUUCAUAUAUGUAUUUUGAAUAUUUUCUAAUAAUAAUUUAACUGGAAACAUUAUGUUAAUAUUGUCUUAUUUUAGAUUUUGAAAAUGAAACCAUAGAUUUUGUUUAUAUUUUUUUAUACACUCUUAUUAAAGUUGAAUGUACAUACAACUUCGGUACCUAAUUGAUUUUUUAUUGUCUAACCAAUCGGUAUUAGGUACAUACCGCUAAUAUUUUAGUUUAUAAAAAGCAUACCGUACUUCUUCCAUACACAUUUUUGUAUACACAUAUAUAUUAUGUAAGGCAGUGUUCAGUGUAAUACACUAUUGAAUUUUUUUUCACUCUAUUCAAGAGAUUCGUACAAUUUUAAUUGAUGCAACCACAGAAAUGUAUUACCAAUAAUUUAUUGUGUAUAUUCAAUAUGUGCCUACUUUGUAAGAUGAUGAUAAUGAAAUGUAAAUAUGGAUGAUGAGAUUAUAAUUGAUAUUUUAAGAA